GACGAUUCUUCCCUCACGGUCACAGAGUCGUCACACAGUUUCAGAGAAAAAGACCGGGGAGAUCGCCGGCGGCCGGAUCUUGCCAUCGGGGAACCGGGCGGCGGGCGCGGGGAGGAGAAUGGACGGACGUCGAGGCGCGUGCGGAACCGGAACGAGGUAGCGGGCUUCCAUUGGGCCGAGAGGAAAUAACUGGGCUUUCCUUAAUUUAUUCUGCAAAAUGGGCUUUGGUAAAAUUGCCUUGGCCAUGCAACCCUGCGCUUCUCGUUUCCACACUCCUCUUCCUCGUCUCCUCUUCCACGGUUCAGGGGACGAUCCAAAGGCGGCGGCGGCGGCGGGCACUGAGCUUUCCGGCAUGGCCAUGCGGUUGGCGGCGGCGGCGGCGUUCGUGCGGCGCCUGGCGCCAGCGCGCCAUCCCGUCGCCGUCCCUGCGGCAGCUACUGCGGCGGAGGCGGAGGCGGUGACUUGCGGGCGCGGGGACAAGAAGACCAAGCGCGGGAAGCGAUUCAAGGGCUCCUACGGCAACGCGCGGCCCAAGCGGGAGAAGAAGAUCGAGCGCAUCAAGGACCGCAUCGAGGUGCCCCGCUCCACACCCUGGCCCCUCCCCUUCAAGCUCAUCUGAGAGGGGGACUCCUCCCCCCAUCCCCCUCGGGUCGCGAGGGUACUAGGGUUUACUGCGACAGUUACUGCUUCUCCGUUUCCAAUUAGCUGUGCGCCUGCACGGGCGUGUGUUUUUACUUGGUUGUUUCUCAAAUUACGUGGUGUCAGAUAUGUACUGUCGAACUGCUGUGAUUCAACUUUGGCUAAUGCAAUCCUUAUGGAUGAAUUGAAAUAUGUUUAUCUUCCACCAUUCAGUUGAUGUA